AGCCGUCGACACGUCGUCCGCCGACCGGAUCCAAAGGAUAGCUCUCUAGCGCUUUGACAUUUGUAUUUUUUUCUACCCUUUUCCCAUUAUAAAGUUGGAGGAUUAUUAUUUUCCCUGUUUUUGUCUUUUUUUGUUGUCAAAUUACACAAGACACUGGAUGUGACUUUGUAUUAUAAACCAAAAGCGAGAGACGAAGCGGUGGGAACGGCGGGGGAAGAAAGUCCCUGUUAGGUUGGAUGAGAUGAUAUCCCUAUGUAGUGGUCGUCAUGGCAACUUGUGACUCACCCCCUAUGGUGUCCUCACGGCAGCCGGAACAUGGUGGCCAGAAGUUGGACGCUGCUGCUGAGGACAACUCUGUCGUCGCCAUGGAGACCAGUGUCGCCCAAAGCAACAAUGCCAACAACAACCGAUUGUCGCCUGUUAUCACCAUAGCUGGAGAGCCUGAAAACGGCCUCGGAGAGUCCGCUGUGAGCCCACUUAGGACCACUGCUACCCCCACCACUGUUAGUGUUAGUACAACCACCGGCCCUGUGAUCGAACAGAGCCGGAGAGAAAGCUUUACUACCGGGAACAACGGGAGUGUUACCGGGACUUUAACAGGAGCAGGAGGAGGUGCAGCUUUGGGUUCGGACUGUUCUGCCCCAGCCACCUCUCCGGUGGCACCUGUGAAGGAGAUUCCCUGCAACGAAUGUUCCAGCUCCUUCUCUAGUUUACAGAAAUACAUGGAGCACCACUGCCCCAACACCCGCCUGCCUAACGCAGGAAGUCAUGAAGAAGAGGAGGAGGAGAUUGACGGGGUGGAGGAGAGCGAUGUGGAGAACCUGUGCGGCGAGAUUGUCUACCAGCCCGAUGGCUCUGCCUUCAUCCUGGAGGACUCCAAAGAGCAGCGCGGCAGCCAGGGGGAGAUCUCUGCAGCUCUCCGAGUCAGGGGAUUGCUGUCCUCCCAAACUUUCCCCCAUGCCCAGGUCAGCAGUGGCCAGAGCGGCCUGAGCCCUGCAGGGGAGCAGUUAGAGCAGCCUGCUGCACCCAUGUCCUUCUACCCCCAGAUCAUCAACACCUUCCAUAUCGCCUCAUCCCUGGGGGGCAAAUCCCUGGUGGUCGACCACCCCUCCUUCCCAAAUACCUCAGCUGGAGGGCUGGUCGGCGCCGGUCCUGUGUUGCACAGUUUCCGUGUCUACGACCUCCGCCACAAGGGUGACAAAGACUAUCUGACGGCGGAUGGCGCAGCCAAAAACUCCUGUGUGUCCAAAGAUGUCCCCAACAAUGUUGACUUGUCCAAGUUUGAGGGCUGUGUGGCCGAUGGGCGACGGAAGCCUGUGCUGAUGUGUUUCCUGUGCAAGCUGUCAUUUGGUUACAGCCGCUCCUUCGUGACACAUGCCGUCCAUGACCACCGUAUGACCCUGAACGAGCAGGAGCAGAAGCUGCUGAGCAACAAGCACGUCUCCGCCAUCAUCCAGGGCAUCGGCAAGGACAAAGAACCUCUUAUAAGCUUUCUGGAACCAAAAACACCCCCGAACUCUGUGCUACCCCACUUUCCCACACCUGCCAACUUUCUUGGGCCUGAUCCGGGGCUCCGAGGCUUGUGGAACGCUUUUCACAAUAGUGGGGAGAAUGCUGAUCCUCUCCAUGCAGGCUUUGCCUUCUUGAAGGGCAGCGCCAGCAGCUCCUCCAAAGACCAAAACCCCAGAACCCAAUCCAUGCCAAAGGCCGAGACCAACCCAAACCUCGGGGGAAGGGCCGGUGCCCACAGAACCUCUGAUGGGAGUUCUGCUGCUGCCGCUGCUAUCAGCAGCCUGGAGGGCCGGGACUCUGAUAGUGACUGCAAGGGCCACACUAGGGACACACGCACUUUGUGUCCCAAUGGGCCCGACCUGAGCCAGUACCCGCCGAUCAAGCGGGAGCCCAGUGCAGUAGGAGGAGAGAGCCCGGACCAGGAUGAUGACGCUUACUCCAAUGGAGGAGGAGUAGAAAUGGAAGCAGAGGAGGAGGAGGAGCAGACCAUUAACAUGGUGAUGACAGGUAAACGGGCCAACAGCACCAGUAGCAAAGAUUUCCCUCUCUUAAACCAAAGCAUUUCCCCCCUGUCCAACAGUGUGCUGAAGCACAACAGUGACAGCAAAGGCCCUGCAUCCUCCUGUUCUUCCUCCCUGGCUGUGUGUGAGGAGCUUGAGAUGGACAAGAGCAGUUUGUCUGCUGCCUUGGCAGCAGCCAGAGACCGGGAGAGCAGCAAUGACUCCACCAGCGAAGCCCUGGCAGGCCGGGAUGGAUCCUCACCCUUCUCCCAUCCCCUUGACAUGAUGAUUAUGCGCAGAGAUGAUGAGAGUCCGGGGCCACUUCACCAACACGCGGGAAAUCCCGGUACCCCUGGAACCCCUGGGACCCCCGGUACCCCAGGUCCUGGUGAGGGGUCUCCAGGUAGUGGGGUGGAGUGUCCCAAAUGUGACACAGUCCUGGGAUCAUCACGGUCUCUAGGUGGUCAUAUGACUAUGAUGCACUCGCGAAACUCAUGCAAAACGCUGAAAUGCCCCAAGUGUAACUGGCACUACAAGUACCAGCAGACACUGGACGCACACAUGAAGGAGAAACACCCUGAGUCUGGCGGGUCGUGUGUGUACUGCCGUACUGGCCAGCCUCACCCACGUUUAGCUAGAGGCGAGAGCUACACCUGUGGAUACAAGCCCUUUCGCUGUGAGGUAUGCAACUACUCUACCACCACCAAGGGCAACCUGAGCAUCCACAUGCAGUCAGACAAGCAUUUGAACAACGUACAGACACUCCAGAACGGUGGCAGUGAGGCCCAGUACAACCACAACCACAACCACAACCAUGCCAAUCCAGUGCCAAGCGCCAGUCUGGGUGGUGGCUGUGGUGCGCCUUCACCAUCCAAGCCCAAACAGAAGCCCACUUGGCGCUGUGAGGUGUGUGACUAUGAGACCAACGUGGCACGAAACCUGCGCAUCCAUAUGACUAGUGAGAAACACAUGCACAACAUGAUGCUGCUGCAGCAGAACAUGAAGCAGAUCCAGCACAGCCUCCAUCUCGGCCUCGCCCCAGCCGAAGCAGAGCUCUACCAAUACUACCUGGCCCAGAACAUGGGCCUGGCCGGUGUCAAGCUGGAGAAUCCGGCAAAUGCUGGCGCUCCGGAGACCCAGAUGAUGAUUAACCCGUUCCAGUUAGACCCCGGAGCUGCUGCUGCGCUAGGAUCUGGCCUAUUGAAUAAUGAUCUGUCAGCGGAGUUGCGUCUGGCCAGCGGUCAGCUGAUGACAGAUGACCUAUCGUUGCUCACCUCGGGCGGGAUGGGGGGCAUGUCCACAUCGGACCCCUCCUCCCUCUCCUCCCUGUCGCCGCCCAUCAGUGACCCUUCACUGCGCCUCUACCAGUGUGCCGUAUGUAACCGCUACUCCACGGACAGCCUGGAGGCGCUCAACGCCCACGUCAACGCUGAGCGCUCCCUGCCGGAGGAAGAGUGGCGCUGUUUGGUGGGCGACGUUUACCAGUGCAAGCUGUGCAGCUACAACACGCAGCUCAAAGCCAACUUUCAGCUGCACUGCAAGACAGACAAGCACAUGCAGAAGCACCAGCUAGUGGCCCACAUCAAGGAGGGAGGCAAGGCCAACCAGUGGAGGUUAAAAUGCGUUGCCAUUGGCAACCCAGUGCAUCUCAAGUGCAAUGCCUGCGACUACUACAGCAACAGCGUGGAUAAGCUGCGGCUACACGCCACCAACCAGAGGCACGAGGCCGCCAUCCGCCUCUACAAGAGGACGCAGGUGAAGACGGCGAGGGUCCUCCUCGCUCAUCCUCCAGGCCUGGGCUCAACCUUGCAGACCGAGAUCCGGUGGACACCAAGCGAACUGACAGCUACAAUAGGGCCUGCUGAGUGGUUUCGUGGGAGUUUGGGGUUCAGAGUGUGGCACUGUAAUGUUAUCAGGCGACCAGGAGGAUUGAAUGCCAUGCCUAAAGAGGUGACUGGACCUAACACUAUGGCCAAACGCUCCCACCUGCCAGAUCGACAGAUUGACAACCCGCCCAAAAGGCCCAAAUCAGCAGAGGGGAAGACAUCCACCAAUGAACAGGUGCAGCAGUGUCCCUACUGCAACUACAGCAGUAAAGAUGCCAAUCGCAUGCAGCUUCAUGUGAUGUCACAACAUUCCAUGCAACCAGUGAUCCGCUGCCCGCUAUGCCAGGAUGUCCUGAGCAACAAGAUUCACCUGCAGCUGCACCUUACCCACCUACACAGUGUGGCUCCUGACUGUGUAGAAAAACUGAUACUGACUGUUGUGGGACCUGACACAGUGACCCCAAAUAACAUAAUGCAUCCUCCUCCUGGACAAGACAAAGCCCUUUCACUUAUAGACUCUUCUUCUGCUCUGUCUGAUGGAUCUGGAAAGUCCCAAGGACACAGCUCAAAGGAUGAGCUGAACAUACAGGACAAGAAUGAAUUAGAUCUCCAGAGUGAGGAACUCAAGCCCCCUAAGGAGGCCUCAGAUGCCCCAGACUGGAAAAGAACCAGUGGGCUCGGACGUGACAACAAGUCUCCUGACACCUUACAGGACCAUCUGAGUGAGCUUCAAAGACUUCAGCAACAACAACAGCAGCUCUCCGUCUCUGAUCGGCAUGUCUACAAAUAUCGCUGCAACCACUGUAGCCUGGCCUUCAAGACCAUGCAGAAGCUUCAGAUACAUUCCCAGUACCAUGCUAUCAGAGCAGCCACCAUGUGCAGCCUCUGUCAGCGCAGCUUCAGGACUUUCCUGGCCCUCAGGAAGCACUUGGAGAACGGACAUCCUGAGCUGAGUGAGGCCGAGGUGCAGCAACUUAUAGGUAGUCUGCCACUGAAUGGGGACAUCACUGAGAGUGAAGCCAGGGCCUUGGAGGAAGCUCAGGCCUUUGACCAUGACUUGGACAAAGAUGAUGAAAUGGACCAGGAGGAGAAGCCUAGCCCCACUGGAAGUGACAGCAGCUCAUUGCUGGAUGACAUGGGAGCAGAGCCAAAACGAACCCUACCUUUCAGAAAAGGGCCUAACUUCACCAUGGAGAAAUUUCUUGACCCUUCCCGUCCCUACAAGUGCACAGUGUGUAAGGAGUCCUUCACCCAAAAGAAUAUCCUCCUCGUACAUUAUAACUCAGUCUCCCAUCUGCACAAGCUGAAGAAGGUCCUCCAAGAAGCAUCAAGUCCAAUUCCACAAGAGACAAGCAACAACAUUGACAACAAACCAUUCAAAUGCAAUAUUUGCAAUGUUGCCUACAGCCAAAGCUCAACCCUUGAGAUUCAUAUGAGGUCUGUGCUCCACCAGACCAAAGCCAGAACAGCCAAAACUGAAACAAGCAGUAGCAGCAGCAUUGGUACCAGUGGCCCAGCGCCACCAAAGAGCCCUGCCCCAUCCACACAAGGGAACAGCAACAGCUCAGACACUGCUAGAAGUGAAACACCCUCUACUAAUAAAGAAAAUGCUGUGGAAGCCAAAGAAGCAAACAGCAACAACAACACAAAACAAAGCACGACUACUGACCAUGUAUCAGCACAGGCAACCAGCCACCAACCGGCUCAGUCCUCAGCCCAACUGCAAAUGCAGCUUCAACAUGAGCUGCAGCAAGCAGCCUUCUUCCAGCCACAGUUCCUCAACCCUGCUUUCUUCCCCCACUUUCCUAUGACUCCAGAGGCACUGCUUCAAUUCCAACAACCUCAGUUCCUCUUCCCUUUCUACAUCCCUGGAGCAGAGUUCAACCUUAGCCCGGAGUUGGCUUUACACUCAGCAGCAGCUUUUGGGAUGCCUGGCCUCACUGGAUCUUUCCUGGAGGACUUGAAGCAGCAGAUGCAGCAGCAGCACCAGCUGCAGCAAGCUCAGCAACAGGCUCAGCAGCAACAGCAGCAACAGCAACAACAACAACAACAGCAGCAACAGCAGCAGCAGCAAGCCUCUCAGACACAGUCACAGCUUCAACAACAGAAAAACCAGCAACUCCAGAGCCACAAACCCAAACUGGAGCCUAGUGCUGUAUCAGUCUCUGACAUCCAGAUGUCCAGAGAGGCAGAAGAACACCUUGAAAAACAAGAGAACAGAGCAAAGAUGGAGAAUGGAGGUGACGGAGUCAGUGAUCCAGGAAAAGACAACAAAGAUUCCAAAAAGUUAAAGUUUCCAGAGCCAUUGAUUCCCCCUCCACGUAUUGUAUCAGGAGCAAGGGGCAAUGCAGCCAAAGCACUACUUGAAAACUUUGGAUUUGAGCUGGUCAUCCAGUACAAUGAAAACAGACAGAAAAACCAGAAGAAGAAUAAAGAUGGGCUUGAGCAAGUGGAUAUAAACACUGAUAAGCUUGAGUGUGGGAUGUGUGGAAAGCUGUUUUCCAACAUGCUUAUUCUCAAAAGCCACCAAGAGCACGUGCAUAGCCAGUUUUUCCCCUAUGUGGAACUGGAGAAGUUUGCCCAGCAGUAUAGAGAGGCCUAUGACAAACUUUACCCCAUAAACCCUGCUUCACCUGAGACUCCACCACCACCACCCCCUCCACCUCCUCCUCCCCCACCCCCUGCACCUGCCCCAGUUACAGCUCCUCAGCCUCCUUCUACAUCCAUGACAAAGCCUCAAACCCCUGCUCCGUCACCUGUGUCUGUUCCACACCAGGCCCCUCUCCAGACACCUCACCAGGCACCACCACCCCAGCCACCACCACCUCCUCCACCUCCUCCAGCACCCUCUCCCCAGGUACAACUUCCCGUCCCCUUAGAUUUGCCCCUCUUCCCUCCUCUGAUGAUGCAGUCUGUCCAGCAUCCAGGCCUUCCUCCUCAGCUAGCUCUCCAGCUGCCUACCAUGGAUUCUCUGCCUACAGACCUGACACAGCUCUGCCAGCAGCAACUGGGCCUUGACCCAAACUUCCUGCGUCAGUCACAGUUCAAGCGCCCACGCACCCGUAUAACUGAUGACCAGUUGAAGAUCCUUCGCUCUCAUUUUGACAUCAACAACUCCCCCAAUGAAGAGCAGAUCCAGGAGAUGUCAGAGAAAUCUGGCCUGCCUCAGAAAGUUAUCAAGCACUGGUUCCGUAACACUCUCUUUAAAGAGAGGCAGCGAAGCAAAGACUCUCCCUACAACUUUAGUAUCCCCCCCAUCACUACUUUAGAUGAUUUACGAAUGGAACCCCAGAUGAACGCACUAGAAUACUAUCGAUCUGACUCGACCAUGAACAAGAGGUCCUCAAGGACCAGAUUCACUGAUUACCAGUUGAGAGUACUUCAAGAUUUCUUUGACACUAAUGCCUAUCCGAAGGAUGACGAGAUUGAGCAGCUGUCCACUGUGCUCAAUCUCCCCACUCGUGUCAUUGUUGUAUGGUUCCAAAAUGCCCGCCAGAAAGCUCGUAAGAGCUAUGAGAACCAGGCAGAUUGUAAAGACAAUGAGAAGAAAGAGCUCACUAAUGAGCGUUACAUCAGAACCAGUAACAUGCAGUACCAGUGUAAAAAGUGCAACAUUGUGUUCCCACGUAUCUUUGACCUCAUCACUCACCAAAAAAAGCAGUGUUACAAGGAUGAGGAUGAAGAAGGGAAUGAGGACACCAAUUUUGAGGAGUAUUUAGAUUCUGGAGAGCAAGGUCCAGCUAAGACUAUCCAAAUAGCCCCAGAGCUCCCCAAACAACAUCAAGCAACUGCCACCAACUCUGCCUCAAGCUCCCCUCCAAUGCCCUCUCCUCACCCCAACAUGGGCAAGACCUCCCCCAAGCCUGAGAUACCCCCUGAAACUAAACUUAAGCAGGCUGAGACAACUCCGUCUCCAAUGAUUAAGUCAGUGCCAGACCCUAGACCUUCCAAGGCUUCCACCCCUCAGCCACCACCUCAGAAACCUCUCCAGUCCCAGAUGACAAGACCCCAUUCCCAGCCACAGUCAGCUUCAGUGCCAUCAAGCCCCCUCUCCCUGGCUCUUUCCUCACUCACCAACAGCCUCCCUCACCAGAUGCUUCAAUACCAAUGUGACCAGUGUAAGAUUGCCUUCCCCACUUUGGAGCUAUGGCAGGAGCACCAGCACAUGCAUUUCCUGGCUGCUCAAAAUCAAUUUCUUCACUCCCAGUUCCUGGAGAGGCCCCUCGAUAUGCCCUAUAUGAUAUUUGACCCCAACAACCCACUAAUGGCAAGUCAACUGCUGUCUGGAGGGCUCUCCCAAAUGCCUUCUCAGAGCAGCUCUGGUUUAGCCUCUGCCCCGGGGUCUGGGGCAAUGAAGAGGAAACUUGAUGAAAAAGAGGAAAGUGCCACUGAUAAAGAUGGUGGCAACAGUGGUGAAGAGCAACACAGAGAUAAACGCUUAAGAACCACCAUCACACCAGAACAACUGGAGAUUCUCUAUGACAAAUACCUACUGGACUCUAACCCGACACGAAAGAUGCUAGACCACAUUGCACGAGAGGUUGGCCUGAAAAAGAGAGUUGUGCAAGUGUGGUUCCAGAACACCCGUGCAAGAGAGAGAAAGGGGCAGUUCAGAGCUAUAGGGCCCUCCCAGUCCCACAAAAAGUGUCCCUUUUGCAGAGCACUAUUCAAGGCUAAAUCAGCUCUUGACAGCCACAUUAGGUCUAGACACUGGCAUGAGGCUAAACAGGCAGGUUUUAGCUUGCCACCAAGCCCAAUGAUGAAUCAAGACAACGAGAGAGGCGAAAGCCCAAAUAAGUACAAUUUCUUUGAGUAUCCACAGCUACUUACUAAGACUGAGCCGCAUGAGUAUGAACUGCCAGCUGCAUCCUCAACUCCAGUAAAACCAUCUGAGACACAGCUAAAAAACUUCUUGAGCCCUUCAUCCUUAAAAGCAGAAAACUGUGAUGAAACUGAAGGGCCUAAUAUACAUUCUGCAGAGGCCUCAUCAUAUGACCUCAACAAGAUGGAUUUUGAUGAGACAUCAUCAAUUAACACAGCCAUAAGUGAUGCCACAACUGGAGAUGAGGGCAACAACAAUGAGAUCGAGAGCUUCACAGCUAAUGGAGGAGACAAACUGAGCGACAGCAAAAUCAACCCUGGCACGAGUUCUGAUGGGAUUGAUGAAAGGUACCAGUUCAGCAUGGUGAGCCCUGCCCUCAGCUUCUCUGGAAAAGACUGUGACACAUACUUCAGCUCCAGAGAUGAUGAAAUUGAUGAUGUCAAUGACAGAAGUGAAUCAUCAAGCCUAGCUGAUCCCAGUUCCCCUAGUCCUUUUGGAGGGGGACACCCCUUCAAUAAGACUGGGAAAGGCAGCAGUAGUGGGGAUAGGCCAGGCCACAAGCGCUUCAGAACACAGAUGAGUAAUUUGCAACUUAAAGUCCUCAAGGCCUGUUUCAGUGAUUACCGCACCCCCACAAUGCAAGAGUGUGAAAUGCUAGGUAAUGAGAUUGGACUCCCCAAACGUGUGGUCCAGGUGUGGUUCCAGAAUGCCCGCGCUAAAGAAAAGAAGUUCAAGAUAAAUAUUGGAAAGCCAUUUAUGAUAAGUCAAGGCUCACCCGAAGGGCCCAGGCCUGAGUGUACUUUGUGUGGUGUGAAGUACACCGCCCGGAUGUCCGUCCGUGACCACAUCUUUUCAAAACAGCACAUUACCAAAGUGCAAGAAACCCUGGGGAACCAGGUGGACAGAGAAAAGGACUACCUAGCACCGACCACUGUCCGUCAACUGAUGGCCCAGCAAGAGCUGGACCGCAUGAAGAAGGCUGGCGAAAGCCUUGGCCUGCCUGCCCAGCAGCAGCAGACUGCAGUGGACACCAACAAUGCACUUCAUGGCCUCAGUCUGCCCUCAGGCUACCCAGGGAUCUCUGCCCUACCACCAGUCCUUCUUCCUGGGGUCAAUGGGCCAUCAUCCCUCCCUGUUUUCCCACCCAACACACCUGCUUUAGCGUCUCCCGGUGCUGGCAUGCUUGGGUUCCCUACACCAGCCACCCCCUCUCCUGCCAUGUCUCUCAGCACUACCCCAACCAAGACUCUUCUGCAGACUCCUCCUCCUCCUCCACCUCCUCCUCCACCUCCUCCUCCUGUUCCCUCCACACCCUUGGCAGCAGUUAAUCAUACAGAGCAGCAAGGUAAAGAUUCAGAGAGAGACAGCAGCAAGAAACCAGGGGACAAGCCACCUCAGAUGAAGCUCAAGGAACGAGAAAAUGAGAGCAGUUCACGCCCAGAGACCCCCAGCAUGGCCAAGAAGAAGGAAAAAUCAUGCUCAGCUUCAGGAAAACUAGGAAGUGAGGCUCUCAUAGAUGCUGCUCAGCUGCAGGCUUUACAGAAUGCCAUUGCUGCUGGCGACCCCAGCUCCUUCCUGGGUGGCCAGUUCCUGCCCUAUUUUCUUCCUGGGUUUCCCAACUGCUUCUCUCCCCAGCUGCCCAGAGGGGUCCAAGCAGGGGGCUAUUUCCCGCCACUGUGUGGGAUGGAAAACCUGUUUCCUUAUGGCCCAGCCACUGUCCCACAAGCUGCCAUGGCCGCCGGUCUAUCACCUACCGCUCUCCUGCAGCAGUACCAGCAGUACCAGCAGUCCCUCCAGGAUUCACUGCAGAAACAACAGCAGCAGCAGCAGAAGCAGCUUGAGCAACAACAGAAACAACAACAACAGCAGCAGCAGAAAUCAACCCAUGUGAAGACAUCUCAGAGUGUGCAGAGCACCACUACCACCAAUUCCCUCAAACCAAAAGAAGCUACGGAGGCUAAGGAUGACACCAACAAAGGCUCUUCAACAGAAAGCACAAAAGAAGAACCGAAAACAGAUACCAAAAGUACCACAGAUUUUCCAGAUGCUUUUAUCGUACCGUCCGUCAAGCAUGAAUUUAUAUGCAGGAAGUGCCAGAUGAUUUUUGCUGAUGAAGAUUCAGUGGUACGUCAUCAGAAGUCCUUCUGUUACUUCGGACAUCCUUUUACUGACCUGCAAGAGACAGUGCUUCGAAAGGCAGUGAGCAAAUACACUUGCAUUGCCUGCAAUGUGGUUGUUAAUGGGAAUGAAGCACUUGGCCAACACCUUCAGUCGAGCUUGCACAAAGAGAAAACAAUCAAACAAGCAAUGAGAAAUGCCAAAGAGCAUACUAGAUUAUUACCUCACUCUGUCUGCUCCCCUACUCCUAACACCACAUCUACCUCGCAGUCUGCAGCUUCUUCUAAUAACACCUUUCCUCAUCUCUCUCGCUUGUCCAUGAAGUCCUGGCCAAAUGUCCUGUUCCAGGCCACCACAGCCCGGAAAGCUGCUUCCUCCUCCUCCCCGUCUGCCUCCCCUCCUCCUCCCCUCUCCUCACCUUCAACGGUUACCUCAACUUCCUGCAGCACCUCAGGGGUUCCAACCUCACUACCCACCGAGAGUUGUUCAGAUGAGUCUGACAAUGAGCUAAGCCAGAAGCUGGAUGACUUAGAUAACGCGUUGGAAGUCAAGGCUAAGCCGGCCUCUGGCCUAGACGCGAGCUUCAGUAGUAUCAGAAUGGAUAUGUUCAGUGUGUAGGAGUGAAAAAAAGGAUCCCUUGCUUAAAGAAAAAAAUAAGACUUUUUAAACUGCAGUUCCAAAGUUUCUCUUAACCCAAAAAAUUACAGUACCAAAUGAUUGACUCAGGAUUGUUUUUCCCAUAUUGAUAUGCUGGCAAGAUAUUGAUUGAUUUUUGUUAUGGACAGAACUGUUGCAGAUGCUUGACUGAGCUUAUAUUGUAUACAAAAACACGGAGUAGGAAAAAAUCCCACAGGCUCCCUUGGGGGGGCUUGUUUCAAGCCAAAAACUCUCACGAUAGCAAAUUGCACCUCAGCUGGAUUGUUUUCCAAAUGCUAGCAUGUACUGUAUGGGAUGACGAUCCAGAACCCUCAAAGAGAAUCUCUCUUAGUUUAGAUAGGUGUAAUUCAGUAGCUUUAAAUUCUCAGGUCAGAACAUAACAUUUCUCAUUUGUUAAAGCAGCAACAAGCCUGGGUACACUUGGCUUAUAACCAAAACAUGUCAAGCUUUAUCGGACGCAUUUCCUUGAUGUGUAUAGAGUACCAAGAGACAAUAUUACUGUUACAAUGGACGAUGUGCAUAUCCUUUUAGUUUUUGCCCUACAAAGACAGUAUGGUUUUGCCACUGAGGGAAUUUAGAAUGGUGAAGUAAAUGUGUAUGAUGCCCCUGUGUUUGCCAGUUUGUAUUACAACAAGCUGUAUCUAUUUUCCACCCCCAUUUUUUUCUUGUAGAAUAUACUAAUCUGUGCCAACUCUUACCUUCUCACUUUUACCUCUGCUCACACCCUUUUCUGAAGAGGUAAUAACUCUAGUUUUGAUAGACUCUUGAGGAUUAUGUGAAUAUAACAUUUUUCAUUUGUGAAUUGCUGUACUGUUACGGUACCUGCUUGUGUCUGGACUAUAGUGCACUUAUUUUGUUUUUAUUUGUCUUUUUAUUAUUAUUUGGGUAGGCCAUUUGUUAAUUUAAUAGAUUUUUUUUCUGUUUGUCUGUCCGUCUGUAUGUAUGUAUGUAUGUAUGUAUGUAUGUAUGUAUGUAU